AUCGCUCAAUGUCGAAACAGCUGUCAGGCCGUGAAAGCUGGUUUGUUUUCCUGUCGAAAAAUCGACAAAAUACUACCACUUUUGUCACUACAAUAACUCCAAUAGUUAAACUGUUGUCUAAACAUGAUAUUCUCGCAGGAUUUACGAUACAAAGUCGUUCAAGUUCACUCCACGGUAUGCCAUUGUUGGCAUUAUGGUAAUGGUGGUUUAGAUUAGACCAUAUUAUUCAAUAUGCCCGCCGACGGGUCAUACUCAAAAUAGUGAUGUUUAAAUACGUGCUCAAUAGAUGGCUUAAUUCGGUGUUGUAUUUACCUUCAGCGACAUUACGUCACUUCGCUUCAAAUAUAUGGCCCUCGCGUGGGGUCCCCAGUGUCACAGAUUAGUCUUGAUUAAGCUUGAACUUAAGCGGAGAACUGGUUGUCAAAAAUGGCUGUCACUGGAAGGAGAUUCAUUGAAGCAUUCCGCAAGGUCUACAAUGGAGUAUUAUCCAGAACCGAAGAAGAAGCGAACUUUAGAAGAUUUUAACACGUUUUGUAGCUUGAUUUUGGCUUACGAAGCUCGUCAAGAGGAACUUAAACGUAAAUCGAAGUCAUCAAAUUCUGAGGAUAGUGUGUCUUCAAGCACCGAUUCUGCUUAUAGUGAAAUCGCCUCUUCGCCUGCCAGUAGUCGUGGAGAUAGAGAGGAACGACUCUUAGACGACGUUGACGAAGAGUAUGAUUCUGAUGAUGAAGCAUGGGAUGUGACCACAUGUUAUUGCAGUAAACCCUUCGCAGGUCGACCCAUGAUCGAGUGUUCGGAAUGUCUAACAUGGAUUCAUCUUUCAUGUGCCAAAAUUCGCCGAUCAAACGUCCCAGACACGUUCGUUUGCCAAAAGUGUAAAGAUGCGAAACACACAAUACGAAGAUCUAAUCGCGUUCGAACUACGCACUCAAAAGGCCGACAAGGAACCGAAUUAUAGCGUAUCACUUUGAAUAAUGUAAGAGACAAUAAUUCGUUGUAAAUUUUUGUAUGAAAGUUGAUUUCUUUAGUUUGUUCAUAGCGAGUGGUCAUAGCUCCUAGUAAUAGUUAGAAAGGUUGUAAUCGAACUGGAAAUAGAAUCAUUGAUCGAUUCGAACGUUUGAUCAAGUUAGCCUCUUAAAACAAUGUUGGUAGUAUAGUUCUUUGAAUUUGUGCGAAUAGUGUACUCACUAUCGCUGUACAUAAGAGAUUUUAAUUCAGAAUAUUAUAUUUUAUUAAGGAACUGUAAAAAACACUUCUAAUAUGAAGUUCAUCAUACCAACGUUUGGUCCUUCGGAUUAGGGCUUGCCGUUCACGUUUGUAUAAAACAAUAAAAUACAGUAAACAUG